AGCUGUCCGGCUCAAGAUGUGGAGGUAGCUGCCGAGCUGCGGUUCAAGGUGCCAUGCGGCACAAGAUCAUCGAUGUGGAUUGGAACAAGCAGCACCAGUGUGGUUUGGAGUGGGAGCAUCGCCAGCAGCAGCGCCACCUCCAUCGGCUGGAAGAGUACCACAGGAGCAAUGCAAAGCCUUGGGUGAAGCUGGGCGAAAGCAAGGCAGAUGCGGCGAUUACGGGCCGGCUCAGGUCAGCACAGCCUGAGCAAGUGCUGAGCAGAUGUGCCAGCGGCGCCAGUAGCAGCAGGGCGAGUGAAAGAGGACUUCCACGGACACCCUCCACCUCGCUGUCUGCCAUUUGGCAGCGUGCCUUGGCCACGCCGAGCUGUAGUUCCCGAAGCGGCUCCAGCGGUGAGCGCGCCAUGGAGCGCCUGCAGGCCAGCGAGGCCUGGCAGAGCGCCUGCGAGAAGCUGGGCCGAGAAGAGCUGCUGGAUCUGGUCGGGCAUGUGCAUGCGCAGAUCCUAGACGAGCGUCGGAAGCGCAAAGAGGUGCAGAAGCAGCUUCAAGAUCCAGGCAGCUGACGCAGCGCUCUGACCCUAUCGGCUGACCAGGCCGCCAUGCAUGGGCCGGGAAAGAAUCGCCCCAGUGUUGAGUUACUG